AUGUCAUCCAGCAUCGGCUCCCUCUUGUCCUCCGUCUUGCUCUAUCUCCGGUCUCUCCUCUUCUCCAAACAUCUCGAAAUAUGCGUUGUCGGCUUACAAGCAGCAGGCAAGACUUCGCUCGUCAACCUGCUCUCCUCUGGCCAGUUUGCAGACGAAAUGGUCCCCACGGUCGGGUUCAACAUGCGCAAAGUCCGUUCUGGAAACACAACCAUCAAAGUAUGGGACAUUGGAGGACAACCACGAUUCCGUAGCAUGUGGGAGAGGUAUUGUCGUGGUGUAUCUGCGAUUGUUUUCGUUGUUGAUUCUUCUGUUCCACUGCCUAGCUCUAAGGGUGAAGCGACGGGGACAAGCACUGUAGCGCCGACUAGCACAAGUUCGGCUGCAAAGCCUGCACCUUGUUCAACAGCAGCAGGGAAAGGAGAUGCACAUCUUACAGCACCAGCAGUUGCAAGUGCAGGCGCCGUUGCAUCAAGCACACAAAGUUGCUCGGCGUGGAACAUCGCAACAGAAGAACUGCACGCGCUGAUUGAAAGACCGCAUUUGGCAGGCGUGCCGCUGUUGGUGUUGGCGACAAAGAACGAUAUCAAAGGUGCGGCCAGGGUGGACGAUGUGAUAAGAGUGCUCAAGUUGGAUACCAUUGCGAAUAGGGAGGUUAGCUGUUAUAGUAUCAGUAGUAAGAACCAGGUUAAUAUCGAUGUUACGUUGAAGUGGUUGGUUGCUAGGAGUCCUGUUGGCCAGCGAUGA